AACCCAGAGUGACUAGUGAGGGACGUUCAGUGUUGCUGGUGCUGAGGGUUGAGUGCUGGCUACACAGCCGUCGUGUGAGGACAACCUUACUAUCAUCCUCCUCUGAUUUACCUCUCCAGCCAUCACAGAUCAGCUGCUCUUUAACAUUACAGAGUUGGCGCUAAUAAGGGUACUCGCUGGACAAAUAAGUGAUGUGAGGAGUUGGUUUACUAGUGAGUGGAGUGUGCUGUAACAGGUGGUUGAAGUGGCCUUCUGGAGGCGUAUCUUGCCACUCUACGCAUGUGUGUAAGGGAUUCCCAACACUAUGUUCAUUCAUAAUAAGGUGAUUGCUGCUAGCAGCGAGUACUACAAGUUUUGAGCAUCAUCCGACAGAGAUUGUUCAGAUGGUGCACCAUCAUGGCCUCACGGAUGAUACUGGUUCUCCACCUGCUACACUUCUGGGCGGCUUCAACCUAUGCCAGUAUUAUAUCAUGUGGACAGUGCGAGAGAAACACUAACGCUGAGCUGGAGUGCCCUAGGUCCAUUGAUCUUCAGAGGUUUAAGGUGUCAGUAACUGACCAUAAGGAUUACCCACAGAGUGUGCUACACCUUACAUGUCGAUAUGAUGCACCAGCCAUUAAUAUUUCGCUGAUUGAAGAUUGUGAGUUUUCUUCAGUCAAGUAUGUAGAAUUUCAGAGGUGCCCCUUAUUUAACACAUCGUUCAGUGAAAUCUUUGAACAGAUUGGUAUACGUCCGGAAAAUGUAACCUCAUUAUUAUUUAGUAAUGUCGGCCAGCGAAGUGGAUUAGAAUUAGAAGAAUGGCAUCUCAGAGGUUUAAAAAACCUGAAGAAUUUGGUGUUUGAAGCUAACAGUUUUACUGCCAUACCACCAAAUCUAUUGGAAGCCACUCCAAAACUGCGUCAUUUUAGUUUUACCUCAAAUAAAAUGGAAAGUCUCCCAGAAUCUUUAUUUAAAAGUACACCAAACUUGACAGAAAUAUAUCUGUAUAAUAAUGCUUUUACUAGUUUACCAGUUGGUUUGUUUGCAAAUCUUUCUAAAUUGACAAAUUUGAGCCUUUGGGAGAACAAAUUGACUGAAUUACAUCCCGAGUUGUUAUCAACAGUUCCACAACUGUUGUCACUCGAACUGACUCAUAACAAAAUAUCACAGUUUGAUUCAGGUGUAUUUUCUAACCUUACGAACCUUAGAAGUGUUUCUAAUUCUAACUCACUUGAAUUUCUUCCUGAGAAUAUAUUUCAUAACUGUCCCAAUUUAGAAAUUUUGGAAAGUAAUUUCAAUAAAAUUACUUCCCUGUCUUCAGAGCUCUUCAAGAAAUCCACAAAAUUAAAACGGUUGGAUUUUAGCAAUAACCAAAUUCGCAGUCUCCCACAGAACAUAUAGGGCUUGAAUGACUUAGCUAAGCUUUUAUUAAAGAGAAAUGGCUUGACAAGUUUACCUGUGGAUAUAUUCACAGAUUUGACGAAUCUUGAAGCCUUGGAUCUUCAGUCAAACCUCUUGGUGGCUCUCCCAUCUCGCUGUUUUGAUAACCUAAGGCAAAUGAAUGUAUUGGUUCUGAAAAACAAUAGCAUUAGUGAACUACCUGAUGACAUUUUUAAAAACUGUGAAAGCUUGAAAAAGCUUUACGUGAGUUACAACAACUUAAGUGUCCUCCAGAGCUCUUCAUUUCCACAUCCAAGAACAUCUCUUGAACUUCUAGAUCUUGCCAACAACAAUAUAUCAUUUUCAGUACAAAGUAAUAUGGAUUCAGCCUCACAACUUAUUACACUUGAAGAACAUUUUCCUCUUUCUGAACAAACAAAUCUAACAUUAUUGUGCCUAAGUAAUAACAGAAUUCCUGUAGUAUCACAAGCUUUCACUACCAAUUUCCCAGAGCUAGAAGAACUAGAUCUUGAUGGAAAUAUAAUAGAGUACUUGGACUUUAAUUAUCUUUCAUUCAAAUCAGAUAAUGUAGUCAUUAAACUUAACAAUAACAAAAUCAAAAGCAUAUCUUUACAGGAUGCAGCACACACUCAGCCCCCAAAAAUUGUCAAUGUGCAGCUAGAGGGCAACCAAUUAAGUUGUGAUUGUAAUAUAUAUAAGUUUGCUAGACUGUUGCAGGGAAAGUCUUUUCAAAAGGGCGAAAACACAUUUCAAUAUCAAGUCGAGAAUCGGGAAAAAAUCACUUGUUCUUAUCCAGAGAACCAGAAUUUACAGAUCCCUGUCAUGAAAGUCAACACAGACGUCCUAACAUGCCAGGUUCAAGAAUGUCCCAACAGAUGCAGAUGUUUCACACGUCCUCAUGAUAUGAUGCUCAUCAUUAACUGUGCUUAUCAAGGACUACAGUCCAUACCAAAGUUAACACAUGACUUGGUAAAAGGAAACUAUUCAUUAACUUUGAAUUUAAGCAACAAUACCAUUACAAAUUUGAAUGGCCUUCAAGAUUCUGAAUAUUCAUCUCUUGUGAAUUUGACAGUACCAAAUAAUAAAUUGUCAUUCAUUAAUGAAUCAGUCUUACCGGACCAUUUAAAAGUUUUAGACAUCCGUGGGAAUAACUUUACAUCUCUCUCAAAGUCAUUGUUAGAAUUUUUGAAUUCUUCUGUCACGCUCAGCUUGGGAGAGAAUCCCUGGCACUGCAACUGUGAUCUGGAUGACCUCCAUACAUUUCUUCGGGAUCCUAACAGAAAGGUGACUGACUCCCACAACAUAAUCUGUGACAACUUGGAUGAGCCUUUAAUCAAUGUUCAAAAAGAAGACCUAUGCCCCAUUAUCCGGCAGGCAAUGGUCAUAGUUACCAUUACCUGCAUAACCAUCUUUCUGUUUCUCUUCUGUGUACUCGGAACUGUCAGUGUUUACAAAUACAAGCAAGAUGUUAAAGUGUGGUUAUUUACACAUCGCAUUUGUCUAUGGGCUGUUGUUGAAGAGGAACACGAGGCUAAUAAGAAAUAUGACGCUUUUAUCAGUUAUUCAAACAAAGACGAAGAAUUUGUGAACUCCGUACUAGUGCCUGGUCUAGAGUCUGGUGAUCCAAAGUACAAAGUAUGUCUCCACUAUCGUGACUGGGUCCCAGGAGAGUACAUUCAGGACCAGAUUGAUCAAAGCAUAGAGGCCAGCCGUCGAACAAUUGUCAUACUCUCGUCCAAUUCUGUUGAAAAUGUUUGGGGGCAAUUGCAGUUUAAAACUGCCCAUUCCAAAGCCCUCAAAGAAAAAACCAACAAGAUUAUUGUUAUUGUUUUUGGAGAGGUGCCACCAGAUUCAGAGUUGGAUGAAGAGCUCAGACUGUAUCUUUCCACAAGGACGUAUCUUCAGUGGCGUGACCCAAAGUUCUGGGAGAAGUUGCGUUAUGUCAUGCCACAUCCUCAGGAAUUUAUUAAUAAACACAAGCACACAGAUAAGUUUGAACUUGUCAUAUCAAAUUCCAAACAAAACCCUUGACUUUGAUCCUCAUGUGCAGUGGUAUUAUUAUUACAAUCAUAACCAGGAACUAAAGCCAUAAGGAUCAUAGUGCUUCUGUGCAGUGGUAGAAAAUAGUGAAAAAAAAAAUUGAUUUAUGACACGAUUUUCAUUCUAUAUUUUUUUUUAGUGAAAAUAUUGAAAAAUUUUAAAACUGAAUACUUAAGACAUUGCUCAAGACAACUGUGUUGAAAAGUCGUAGUGCCUUUUCAUAGAAUCUACAAAUCAAAACUUCAUUGAGGCUUCAAAGGUCUGUUAAGACCACAGUGGAAAAGUAUUUUUUUUUUUUCAUACUGUGUGAAAGACAAUAAAGGUUUCCCCUUUAAACUAUGAUACUAGCAGUAGAUUAUUGUAAAUAGUUUAGCAAAGGAGUUAGUGCCUCUAACAAAAUGCAAUGUUGUUACUGUUAUCAGGCAAGUAUCAUGUCAUUGUAUGCUAUCAAUGCAAGUUAAGACAUGUACAACACUGGUGUGUUUCUUGCCAAAACGUUAUCAAUGUAGCAGGCUUCUUCAUUCAAAUACAGGCAAAUAAAACACUGGAGAUAGUCAGUUUGAGGUGUUCAGUCUCAGCCUUAAUUGGUGGUGAUCAGUCCCUGUCUAAAGCAAGAGGCAUACAGCCAGACCACCUUAUACGAGAGAGGAAGAGAGGUUUAGAGGCUGGGCUACAUCACUAGUGGGUCAGUUUUGCCUGUGAUGUCACCUCCAGCUGCUACACCUCACUUUUGCUCCUGUAGUCUGGCCACAUCUGCUUUUAGCCCAAGUGCUGAUCACCUAAAAUUUACUUCUAUCAUCUACAGUGUUUUAUUUGCUAGAAGCCUGUUUUGGAGGCAAAACAUUUUGGCCAUAAAUACACAGGUGUUGCAAGUGUCUUACUGAUCAAUUUAUUGAAUAUUUACAAAAUAUUUUAAAUGUCUUUCUCAAUACCUGUUGACUUGGAUCAUUGUUCACCCUGACUUCUGAUGUUAGUAUUAUACGUAUUAUCUUUAUAAGCCUACAUCUGGAUUCUCCUCGAACCACAAUGAAUGUUUCCAUUAUGUAUAUGGAAGUGACAUUGAAUUGUUGCAACAGUUUACCUGCUAAACUUUCUUCCUAGUCAAAAAUUUCAUUUCGAUAUUCACAGGUAUACUAAUAAAUUUUAUUUAGGGUAAAGCAUUAAACCCAUAAGGGGUCAUACAGUGCCUGGGGAAUAAGGGAGAAUUUGGUUCAAGCCAAGGACUGGGAGGGCAGGUUUAAUUCCUUGCAUCAAGGACCCCCCCCCCCCCCAUUGAUGGGGGCAUGCUAAUAGGACUGCUGUCUUGCUUCCAAGGUUUGGAGCUAGACAGCAGUAGAUUGGUGAAACUUUAACCAUAUUUCAUGUUCACUUUUUAAGUACGGCAGUAGUUUGCCAAUAUCUCAAGAGAUACUGUGCAUUAGGUAAUAAUUAAUGUUAAAGGUAAAAAAACUGUUGAACAAGCUUUUAUAGUGCCAAACCCAAUAGGGUCAGGUGGAAAGUGCUAAACAAAGAAUAUGCAAAAGUCAGAGACCAGUGUGGGGUAGGAGUAUGCAAGAGGUAAUGAGGGUAGUGGGGUAGUGCUAAAUGUAACACAAAGUUGAUGCAGCAAGUUAGUUUCUUAUAGUCAGAGGAAGUCUGCAGCAAAGGUGGGACCUUCAGCAAGGUUAGAUAGCAAGUGUGCCCACUGAUGCACAGGACAAUCAAUUAAGAGAUGUUGAACUAAUAAUGUAAUUUGGCAAUCCUCACAGAGCAUUUUUCCAUAAGUUUUCCCGUGAGUGAGAAGUGUCGGAUGCACAGGCCUGAGUGUAGUCUUCCCCAAACACUACAGCAAUGGCAAGAAACCCAACUGUAGUUUGACAGACAUAUUGUUACUAACCCAACUAUGUAGGAAAUUUGUCGAGAAAUUAUGGAAAAAUAGUCUGAAAGAGGAAGACUCCUGUAUACAAUGAGGUCAUGAACUGCCGACAGAACAUUGGAGCUUGUCUGUUCAUUGCUCCAAACGUCUAUCCAUCCAGGGACUCAGGAGAAAAUGUCUGUUUACUAGAGAUACGACAACCAAGGUUGUACAGGUCUCCCUCAACAUUCGCGGGCUUCACGCAUUUGCGAAUUCCCAGCCACCAAAUCGUAUUUAAGUUUUCCGCCACCCGCACGUCCUUACUACACUCCCUCCAACUCCCGCAACUGGCAGCCAGCCAGCCCGCCCACCUGCCUAGACUCGUCAUGCCAUGCAGUAAAGUAAACAAAGUUUAUUCAGGUAUACACAAAUACAGUUACACAGAUUAUCAUACUUAGCAGCAAAUGUGUAAAGUACCUAGGAUAACCCAAAAAAGUUACUCCAUAUAAUCACGUCCCUUCAACUGUCAUCAGUAACUGCAUGGCUAACUAUCAUUAUUUGGGUAACUGUUCAUUUGUUAAACUACAGUAUAAAUGUCAACCCAUUCAUGACUGCAUAUUGGAAUGGCCAUUUGGACAGGUAUUGGAUGACAAUUUGUUUACUCAACACGGCGAAGAAUUAACAUUUCUGCUACUGCUAAUAAUACGAUAAAUUGAAGGAAAUUGUAUAAAAAUGAGGGUUGAAGCAGUGGUCAAGGCAUCAUGAGUCAGUGUGGCUUUGUUUAUGCUGGAGUAAGCAUUAGCCUCUGUGCUCAUUCAAACAUUUCACAAUAAUUCAUUGUAUUUGGUGCUUGCUGAUUGAGUGUGACUGCUACAUAAUUAACCAUGGGCCCAAAGAAAUUGAGAAACAUGGUAGAAUUGAAGAAAGAAAUUGUACAAAAAUACAAGACAGUGCACGGUAGCAGUUGAGGCAGUAGUAUUUAAUAAUGUUAUUAAACCAUAACGUGCAUAAUUACCGACAAUAUGUAAAGUAAAAGAACAAGUGCAACUAAUGUGACUUUUUAUUGUGGCAACGUUUCGCUCUCCAGGAGCUUUGUCAAGCCGGCUUGACAAAGCUGCUUGAAAGCGAAAUGUUGCCACAAAAAAGAAGUCACAUUAGUUGCACUUGUAUACUUUUACUUUACAUAACAUGUAUGUAUAUAGUACAAUAUUUUAUGAUGUUUUCAUGCAUUGAUUGUUCAUGAUUCAAUAGGUUAAGGAAGCAGUAUUGUAUUAUAUUUCCCUACAAUAUAUUGGGGACACCAAACAUUCACGAGGUUCUUGAUCCCCUAACCCUGUCAACAGUUGAGGGAGACCUGUAUAUGUAGAACAGUGGGAUGAGGGUAAUCAACUUCCUGGAUAGCCUGUAGUUCACCGAGUGAAACUUACUGGGUCUUUACAAAUAAAAUGUACAAAUGUUCAGCACGGUAAAUAAAAUGGAAGAAAAAUU